UACAUGCCCAAGUUGGUGAAUGCAACAUAACUCCAAAACCAGAACCGCCUCUAUCUUCUCACACAGUACACACAUACCCCGCCCCUCUUCUUUAUUCGCCCAUUAUUUAUAUAUACUAUAAUAUACUCCCAAUGCUUGCUCUCUCUCUCUCUCUCUCCCUCCCUCCCUCCACAGUUCUGAGUUCACUCUCUCUCACUACCCUUUUCCCCACUCUCCCUCUCCAAAACAUGAGAGGGAAAAUCGCCAUGCCCAUUCUCUUCUCCUUCCUCUUCCUCUCUCUCUCCUCCGCUUUCUCCACACCCCUUGACUUCCAAACUUUGGUUCUAUCCCCCCUUCCUAAACCUCACACCCUCUCAUGGACCCAACAAGACUCCGAAUCCCUCACCCUACCCGACCCAUCACAAACCCCCACCACCACCCUCUCCGUUCAAUUACACCACCGCGACUCUCUCCCCUCCCUCGAAUCCACCCCGGAUACCCUCUUCACCCGUCGUCUCCAACGCGACGCCGCCAGGGCCAAAACCCUAACGGACGCCGUUAAACUAGCCGCCAAAGCAAACGUCAGCCGCGCGCGUGGGAAGGGCGGGUUCAGCAGCUCCGUCACGUCGGGACUCGCCCAGGGCAGCGGCGAGUACUUCACCCGCAUAGGCAUCGGCACGCCUCCCAAAUACUCUUACAUGGUCCUCGACACCGGCAGCGACGUCGUCUGGAUCCAGUGCUCCCCAUGCAAGAAAUGCUACACCCAGUCCGACCCGGUUUUCGACCCGAAAAAAUCCACCACCUUCGCCGGCGUCACCUGCGGGUCCCCCUUGUGCCGCCGCCUCGACUCCCCUGGCUGCAACAACCGCCAGAUGUGCCUAUACCAAGUCUCCUACGGCGACGGCUCCUUCACUUUCGGCGAGUUCUCGACCGAAACGCUCACGUUUCGCAGAGUCCGAGUUAAAAACAUUGCCCUAGGCUGCGGCCACGACAACGAGGGGCUGUUCGUCGGCGCAGCCGGUUUGCUAGGCCUAGGCCGGGGGAAGUUGUCGUUUCCGAACCAGGCCGGACGCCGGUUCGGUAACAAGUUCUCCUACUGUUUAGUAGACCGAUCCGCCUCGUCGAAACCGUCAUCGGUCGUUUUCGGCGAGUCUGCGGUUUCUCGAACCGCCGUUUUCACGCCGUUGCUCACUAACCCCAAGCUAGACACUUUCUACUACCUCGGACUCACGGGAAUGAGCGUCGGCGGCGUUAGAGUCAAAGGGAUCACGGAGUCUCUGUUCAAGCUUGAUAGCACCGGUAACGGCGGGGUUAUAAUCGAUUCAGGUACCUCCGUGACCCGGUUGACCCGACCCGCUUACGUGGCCUUGAGGGACGCAUUUAGGGCCGGAGCGGCGGAUUUGAAGAGGGCGGCGGAUUUCUCGCUGUUCGACACGUGCUUUGAUCUGUCUGGGAAGACGGUGGUGAAGGUGCCGACGGUGAUGAUGCAUUUCGCCGGAGCGAACGUGGCGUUGCCGGCGUCGAAUUAUUUGAUUCCGGUGGAUAGCAAAGGCAGUUUUUGCUUUGCGUUUGCGGGUACAAUGAGCGGGUUGUCCAUAAUUGGGAAUAUACAGCAGCAGGGGUUCCGGGUUGUGUAUGAUUUGGCGGGGUCUCGGAUCGGAUUUGCUCCACGCGGGUGCGAUUGAUUUGGAUGGAUGCUGGGGCUUGUUUGGGAGAAGGGAAAACUUCGUUCCCCUGCCUGUUUAUUGGUGUUUUUUUUUUUCUUUUUUUUCUUUUUCUCAAAAGUUAUUUGGAGGAAGAAAAGAGAGAGUCGUAAAGGCGGAACAUCUCCACGUGGGUGUUUGUUGUAUUGUCUCAGUUUAAUUAUUGGUGUAACGUUACAGGGUAAGAAAAUCCAAUAUAUAUAGUAGUACUAGUAUUGCUUUAGCUGCCUUUUAUGUAAUGUCAACAAUGGUACGUAGGUACCUCUUCUAAA